CACUCGAAACCAACACUACCCCUCCUCCCUCUCUUCCCUCCCCCUCACACACCAACCUCAUAUGCGCCCGUCCCAAAAAAUGCACUUUCUCCCUCCUCAGUCGCCUUCCCCAGCCUUGGAACAACAGAUAGGCGGGAAUUGAGACUUCGGCUCCCUUCUUGAACCUGCCAACCCCACGCACCGUCCGGCUGAACCUCGACGCAAACACCGGCUGGGGAGGAAGCGGUGUGCCAAGAACGCAACGCCGCUGGAAACCUUCCAGCGACUUCGGACUUGAACUCCGCCGACACGAGACGGCGCUGUCUGGCGGCGUUCAACCAGGGACGAGCGUAACGCCAGCAGGGCUGGCCUUCGAGCCCGGGCCACUUGUGGAUGAGACAGCGGGCGGGUUUUUGCGCACGAGGCGCUGCCAUCCGCCGCCACCCGUCGCUCGCGAACGGAGGCUCCGGUCGGAGACGCUCAACGGAUCGGGAGAACCGUUAGCGGAGACCGGCGAGGGGUCGGAGUCAGGUUCGCGUCUUCUGUGCAUGGGAGUAAACGCACGCGGGUGGGACGAGCGGUGAGCGACCGAGCGAGCGCACCGACGAGCGAGCGAGGGGACGAUCUAUUCUUCGAUGACAACCAUGUCGGUAGCCAGCCUCUUCUCGUUCACGAGCCCGGCCGUGAAGCGGCUGCUCGGCUGGAAGCAGGGCGACGAGGAGGAGAAGUGGGCCGAGAAGGCGGUCGAUUCGCUCGUCAAGAAGCUCAAGAAGAAGAAGGGCGCCCUGGAAGAGCUGGAGAAAGCGUUGAGCACCCCGGGGCAACCCAGCAAAUGCGUCACAAUCCCGCGCUCCCUCGACGGGCGCCUGCAGGUGUCCCACCGGAAGGGCCUCCCACACGUCAUCUACUGCCGCGUGUGGCGCUGGCCCGACCUGCAGAGCCACCACGAGCUCAAGCCUCUCGAGUGCUGCGAGUUUCCUUUCGGUUCCAAGCAAAAGGAGGUGUGCAUCAACCCGUACCAUUACAAGCGCGUCGAGAGCCCGGUGCUGCCGCCCGUGCUCGUGCCGCGCCACAGCGAGUUCAACCCCCAGCUCAGCAUGAUCCCGCAGUUCCGCAGCCUCACCACGAGCUUCAGUGAGCCCGCGGGAAUGCACGGCGGGCCGGGCCACUUCCCCGAGUCGUUCCAGCAGCCCAACAGCAACCCGUUUGUGCACUCGCCUAGCAGCACGUCCAGCUACCCACAGUCGCCUGCCAGCUCGGGCCCCGGCAGCCCCUUCCAGAUCCCCGCGGACACGCCACCUCCUGCGUACGUGCCCCCGGAAGACCAGAACAGCCAAGACGGGAGUCAAUCGAUGGAGACCAGCACCACAAUGGUCCCCACCUUGCCCAACACUGGCGACCGGCAGCCCGUGACGUACGAGGAGCCCAAGCACUGGUGCUCCAUCGUGUACUACGAGCUGACGAACCGCGUGGGCGAGGCCUUCCACGCCUCGUCCACCAGCGUGCUGGUCGACGGCUUCACCGACCCCUCCAACAACAAGAACCGCUUCUGCCUGGGCCUCCUGUCGCACGUCAACCGCAACUCGACCAUCGAGAACACACGUCGGCACAUCGGCAAGGGCGUGCACCUGUACUACGUGGGUGGGGAGGUGUUCGCCGAGUGCCUGAGUGACAGCAGCAUCUUCGUGCAGAGCCGCAACUGCAACUACCACCACGGUUUCCACCCGACCACCGUGUGCAAGAUCCCCAGCGGCUGCAGCCUCAAGAUCUUCAACAACCAGGAGUUUGCGGGCCUGCUGGCCGAGUCUGUGAACCACGGCUUCGAGGCCGUCUACGAGCUCACCAAGAUGUGCAUCAUCCGCAUGAGCUUCGUCAAGGGGUGGGGCGCCGAGUACCACCGGCAGGAUGUAACGAGCACGCCCUGCUGGGUGGAGAUUCACCUGCACGGACCCCUGCAGUGGCUGGACAAGGUGCUCACGCAGAUGGGCUCCCCACACAUGCCCAUCUCCUCGGUCUCCUGAGCGCGACUCCGCAUCUUCCCCCCACCCACCCACCCACCACCCCCCGACACCUUUCAAUGCCAGCCAAAAGAGACUCCACAGUCGCCUGCCGUGUUGUUGUUUUUUUAUUUCAUCACACAACCUGCCAAAAUCAAGCUUUGUGGUGUUCGCUCUUUUUCUCGUUUUUAUUGGUCUAUUGUUAUUGUAGCCUAGUUUCUAUUACUGUUAUUAUCACAUGGGUUUUUUUUAACCAUCUCUUGCCAUAAGCGCACAAGUUAUCACUGUUUUGGUAUCAUCACCGAUCUGAUAUGUUUUUGGAUGUCUGGCUGUAAACUAAGCAAGCUGCAGUUUAAUCUCAGCGAUGAAUGUUUCGCCUCCACCACCGUUCAAUGUCUCCGUUUUGGGGCCGUAUCAGGCGCCCCGUUUGCAAGCGGCUUCGUUUAAUUCACGACCUUUUUCUCAAAUCCUUUUCCGCUUACAACACUCGUUGGUCGCAAGCGCCCUCAAAUGCUGGUGGAAAAGGAUCCGUCGGUCUGUACCACCUUGACAUACGAGCCUUGACGUGUCCACACAAGACCGCAGCUUCGUCUCACCUGGCCAUUGAGUCUUCAGGUAUUAACUUGUCGCUUCAUGAAGUUAAAAGGGCGUGAAGAAUAAUAAGAAGUGGACUGUUCGAUUACAGAAGUCGCUGUGCAUGACUUUUUAGGGCCUCCGAACACUUGGGCAGAUUGUGUACCCACUGACGGCUUGAUUCUCUGCUGCAAGACCGGUGCAGCUUUUGCGUUGAUAAAACGUGUGGACCUUUAACAGCCUUGCGACAGAUCCUAAAGAACCCAAGGGCAUUGCCAAACGCCACCCUGGCAAAAAAGAGGUACUGUGGGGUGGAAAAAAAAAGUUGCGUUGCCUUUCAACUAGGCUGCAGUUGCAAACGCCUUCCGAGGUUGAGAAAAGUUAGAGUAACACAAUUGUUGUAAAAAAAAAAUUAUAAUUGGUAUCCAAUGGAAAGGAUUUGCCGAUUUGGAGUUAAUUGCUUUUUGGAUCAUAAUUAUUGUCAUAAGGUUGCUUCCUAGAAGCAGUGGUCUGUGUGUUUUGCUUCCAGGAUUAACUUGCAGUCUGUUUUUUUUGCCAACUGCGCAAUUGCCUGGGUUCUGAAGUCUUUGGGCGGCUUUGGUUAAAAAAAGAGAUUGAAGUUCAAUGAAAUAAUUCGAUUGGCUUAAGUUCAUACGCCAGUUUUUUUAUUUGUCUGACUGCAGGACCAUGAAAGGGGAAGGUUUUGGGAUGAUGGGGAGGGGAGGGGUGGGGGAGGGGUGGGCAAGGCAAAAACAGAUCUGGGCUCCAACGCACGUGUUGAAUUAUCCCAAGUAGUUUUUGUUUUAAGUGACUUUGUUUACAAGCGCACGUGCCGUGUUUUUAAGUUCACAUUACACGAGAAACCGAAGGCUUUGUGCAAGCGAGGAGGUAUUGGGCUUUCGUUUUUUUUACGUCUGCAGACAAAUUGUGGUGUCUAGUUAACGUGCAGUUUGCGUUACAUUGGUAAAAGCCAAGCCUGUGGCUUUUUUUUUACCAUCCGAUGCGAGUCACAUGACAGGUGUGAGCUUGUAGCCAAGAUUGUGUUUUUUAAAGUUUUUUUUUAUUGUCAUUUUUUUUAAACCACAUUCGUAAGGCUGUUUGUAUGCCGUGUGUGUCCCUGUUGGAGAAAUAUGAACGUUAAAAGGGGGACUGGGGAGGGUGUGGGUUGAAUUGGGGUAAUUGGAUUAUAACAGUAAAAUUUGUGUACAGCUUGCAGUAGUUAUAUUACUCUAUUACGGAGCGUUUUGUAUUGUAGAUGUGCGCGUGUGUGUGUGUGUGCGCGCGUGCAUCAGACCGUUCAUAGAUAGGUUCCCUGCGUUGGUGGUAGACGGAUAAAAGCAGAGCGGCGAAUGUGACAAGUUUUUAAAUGUCGCAUUCUUUUGACGUAUUGUGAAACGCAUUGCCAUGCAUCGAUUCCUUAUUCUGCUGCGGAAAUCUGCAAACCUCUAAUGCUCAAUUAACGUUAACGGUGCAUUACAGUAUUUUUCUGAUUUUUAUUUUUGAGUCUCCCGUGCUUUUUUUAAAAUAACGCUAAUUCUUUAUUGUAGACUCUCAGAAUUGGCUGACUAUUGAAGGAAAAAAAAUACACGGCAUAUGUAGUUUUAAGAUUUGAAACAAAUUGUGGUUAAAAACAUUGUACAUAAGUUUGAAAGCAGAAGCGUUGUUUAGGAGACUGUCACCAUGAUUCAUCUUUUCGACUUUGGUUAUUUUCAAUUCACGAUGGUGUUACUACAUCGAUACGCCUCGAGACGUCAUUCUCUAUAAUGUACAAUAAUUGCCUAUCAUGUAUUUCUCUGCCUUGCAUUACAAUCAGCUUAACGUUUAUAAAUGGAACGUGUACUAAAACAUUUAUUUCUUUUAAAUGAAGCGCUUACAGCUUUUUUCCUUUGAAAAUUUUUGUAAACAAUAUUAAACAAAUACACUACUGUCUUUAAAUGUUACAUUUUGACACAAGUAACACUAACUGAUUUGUUUUUCGUUUUACGAGAGGUCUUUUUUUAAGAAGAUGAACUAUUUUGGCUAAAGAAUAAAAAAUAAGGCUGGUUUCGCUCAUCAUUUUUGGUGAUUCCAUAGCAGAACUCCUUAGUGCUGUAAGUAAAACACUGCUUACCAUCUGCUCCUGACAACUGCAACUCCUUGUAUCCAGCAGUGUGAGAAAUGUCAAUGUAAAUGUUUUGAUGAACUUUUGCAAAUAAACUGCUUUAAAAUAAAAAAAAU